UUUCACUUCUUUUUUAUUCUUUUUUGUCCAUUUUGAAUUUUGAAUUUUGCCACCUCACAGUUGCAUUCCAGUUCUUUCAAUACACUCAAUGCUGGCCUACGUGACAGUGGGAUCCACCGGGUUUGACCAGCUCAUCGGCGUCAUCAGCACACCCGCCUUCCUGCGCGCCCUCUCCUCGCGCGGGUUCCGGCGGCUCGUAGUGCAAUACGGCAGCAGCUCCAAAUCCUUCAACCCACCAUCACGCGUGCCCGAGACAUUAGGCCUGAGCAUCGAACAUUUCGACUACACCCGGUGGCCGCAACAAUACGUGGACAAUGCUGACUUGAUCAUUAGCCAUGCGGGCACUGGGUGUAUUCUCGAGGCGCUGCAUGCUGGUAAACCAACUAUUGUUGUGCCCAAUCAUGACCUGAUGGACGCACACCAGGCGGAGAUCGCUGAGGAGCUGGCACACGGCGGGUAUUUGUUGGUCACUGAGGUUGAAUUAUUACAUAAGGUGGUGGAGGAGGGCGGGUUUGCUGGCUUGGCACCUUACCCGCAUGCUGACCCGAGACCAAUUGGAGAAAUCCUCGAUGAAGAGACAAUUUAAUUCUCCGACUUUUGCAUGCCAUUUCUUUCUUUUUCUUUUUCUUUUUUACUUAUUCAC